AUGUCACUGGCCCAGCUGUUGCUCGACCCCUACUACCGUACUAUAGAAGGCUUCCAGAUACUCAUAGAAAAAGAAUGGUUGGCCUUUGGUCACCGCUUUUCGCAUCGUGCAAACUACACGAUUUCUUCACAGAAUAGUGGUAUAACACCGGUUUUUCUAGUGUUUCUGGAUGCAGUUCAUCAGAUUGCUACUCAGUUCCAUGAUGCAUUCGAAUUCAACGACUUCUACCUGCGGUUUCUUGCCUAUCAUAGUCAAUCAGCGUUCUUCCGUACGUUUGUGAUGGAUUCCGAAAGCGAGCGCAUUCAUCUUGAACAUCUCGUCCCGGAGACGGGAGAAGGACAUCGGGGAUGCAUGUGGACGUACAUCAAGGAGAAAACGUGUCGUAAUACAAUUUUCCAUAACCUUCUAUAUUCGCCCGAAGGUGAACGGGUUUUGAUUCCGGCUAGUUCAGUGGCAGUACUUCGAACAUGGGGUUUCUACUCGGAGGAGACGCUCAGCCACGGCUCGCCGUAUGAUAUUGGUAGGUGA